AUGCCUCGGGUGAAGAUGUUCAUCGAUAAGACGAACGACGCGUGCCCGGGGAAGUUUGAUUUCACGUACAACGUCGAGGAGGUGCUGAGGGCGACGGUGCCGGAGGGACAGGGGUGGUACAUUGAGAAUAACGCGGAGAAGCCGAUUCCGGGCGGGGAGAGCGCGCUGUGGAGAAAGGGGGCGUUUGAGGUUCUGCGAUUGGACACCGACGAGCUUUUGUACUCCAAGAAGGCGGAUGGCUCGCACUUGGUCGACGGUAAGGGUGGACCGGAAGGGAAGCUCGGUAAGUUUAUCGAAGAAGUCAUGAAGGCGGCGGCGUAG